UUUUUUUUUUUUUUUUAAGUCCUUUUGUUUUAGUAUUGCCUUGCUUCCCUGAUCCAGAUGUGCUACCUGUGAUUUCAGGGCAUUCCAGAGCCCUGUGUAUCUUUAGGCUGGUCCUUUUAGGUCACACAGACUGCUACUUGUACCUGCAGGACCACUGAGCAAAUAUUGUAUGUUUUUGUUAAUGUGUGUGAGUGUGUGUGUGCGUGCGUGUGUGUAAAAAAAGCUUCAGACUGGAUGUGAAGAUUUUGACAGCUAGUUACUUAGAGUUUAAGUAUUCCUCUGGAUUUGAAGUUGCUGAGUGCAGAAAUAGUUGUGUCUUUUGAGAAUACUUGUAGAUGAGCGUGGUGAACGGACCAUAUCUUGCCCUCUUACUACAGUAUCUGUGCUGUUUGUCACAUCUCAAAGCACUAGGAGUUUAUCAUCAGCAUUUUUUCUGAAAAUUGUUCUUUUUAAUUGCCCCUUUUUUUCGGUGCAGAAACAUGGACAUACCUGUCAUGGUGGAACAAUCACAUGCCACAGAAUGUAAUGUAAGAUAACGAUGCCCUCAGCCAUCUGUGACAGCAUUCCCAGCAAGCGUUUUUCUUUUAAUAAAGGGGGUUAUAUUUGACAUUUGGGAGGGGUUAAGAGGCAGCAUUGAGGGUGGGGGGGUUCCAAAACAUGAAGUGAACUUAAAGCUUUACUGUGCAAAGGCUUGCUGGCACUGAAACAGACGGCUGAGCAGUUUUCCUGUCAGACUGUUUGAGCCACAUGAUGACAAAACUUUCUGCAAGCAUCCCUGCUCUAAUAAAUUGCUUUAGAGGUGUUAACAAGUCCCAUUUCAUCUUAUUUAGCAGUUAUAUUUAUUAGAAUGUUUUUUUGUUUUGUUUUUUAACAACAAUUUUCAACUCCAAAUGGAAUGUGGUGGAAAAUGUUAGUAUUUCUCUUAGGAAAAAAACUAAAAAAUAUAUUUUUGUCUGAUAUUUCCCUAAUACAUUUACAGCCCUGUUAUUUUUUCCAGGAAUUACAAGUAGGAUUACAAGUGUUUUACUUUAGGGCUUCAAAAUAUUAUAAUAAAAUGGCAAAAUUGAAAUAUUAAACAAUAAAAUUGUUAAAAGAUGAGUAGAUUUAAAUAAUGAAUUGCCUUUAAAGUUUAUUAGCAAACAAAUAAUUAGAAGAACAUAGCUUUAAUUGCAAAUAAUUAAAAAGUGUCUUCCUGGAAAACAGUUACUCUAAGAAGAAAGUAGAGAUUAACAAGAGACACAUUGAGAAAAUGUGUAUUUUUUCCAUCUUUAAAUUUUCAGCAAGAGCAAUCUGAUUUCUUUUAGGGCUUAAAUUUAAGACUUUUUGGGGGGUUUGCUGUCAUAGUGCUGCUUUUACCUGCAUUUAAGAGCUGACGGAGGACCUCUUCUACUUUUCAGACAGAAUGUUCUUGCUUGUGCUAUAGAUGUACAAUCCCUGUGAAAACACACUAUAGGUAGUCAGUGUAAUGCAGUAAUGCUCAGAGUCUGAGCUGUUUGCUGGCUUAUUUAAUAGAGCAGAAAACACAUCUAAGUGAUUGUAAACUCCUUCAAAAUAAAAAACAAUAUUGGCUCCAAAUUAAACUUUUUGCAGUUUAGGAGUUUUUAAACGUAUCAGUUUAGGAGUCCACCCAGCGGAGAACUUCCUGGAACUCGUGAACUGCAUUCUGUCUGGAUUUGAGAAAACAAAGGAUCUGCAAAAGUCUGCAAGGAUCAUCAGCUUGUGGUGCAAUUUUAUGUGGACUCUUUAUCUUAAAGGCAGUUAAGUUCAAAUCUCAAGAAAAUAAACGUUUAUUACCAGAAAUUGAAAUAGUUUAUUAAUAAUCUACUUAAAGGCAUUUUUCAAAACAUUUACAAAGAUUGUAGUACAUUAACGAAUGAAUUUCUACGAAUAUCUCACUCUUUGAAAACAACUUAUUUGGUACUUUAAAAAUGAAUCUGACUGCAAUUUUUAAUAGUGUUGAAUGAUUAUUUGACCAGCAGUAGAUUUUUUAUUCAUGUAAUUCAAUUGUGUACUUUGAUCAACACUGAAUGGAUACAUUAAAGGGGGAAAUUAAUUAAUUGAUUUUUUAAUAUUUUAGUUUAGAAAUUUAGAAAGUCAAAAUUAGCUAACUUAUUUUUUUUUAAUCAUGUAGGGAUUAAAUUGCCAAAUACUUUUGAUUUCAUAGCAUCAAGAUAGAAAACAGAAGCUACUAUUAUUUGUCACUUUACAUCAUGUAUCAUUAUGAAUUAAAUACAUUUUAAUAGAGCAGUUAUUGUGAUUGGGGGAGUUCAUUUGUAGGAUAUAUGGUUCUGGAUUUAUAUUUUAAAAGUGUCAGCCUAGCUGUCCCACAGGCAGUCACUGCUGACUGCAUGUUUAUUUUGAUUUUUUUUUAACUAAUUGUGACCUUUGUGCAAUUAUGUUUUUCUUUAAAUUCAAAUUGUCCUCAUCACUUUGAGCAGAAGGAACUCCUGAAGUGUUGUCUUCUACUUUUACUUUCUGAUGCAAAAAAGAAAUGUCUUAUAAGUUUGAUGUUGAAUACUUCAUUUAUGGACAUGCACAAGCAGGACACUGUUUUUUAUUGAUCCGUUUUAUUAAUUUUUCUUCACAUUUGGUGAGCCCUCUCUUGCCUCUUGUUUUCAGGUAAUAUUCUCUUGGAUUUCUUUACAAGUCCGUCAUCUUUUUUUCUUAGUUUACUUUUCUUUCAUCCCUCUUUUUAUUGUCAUGUCUUUUCUUGUCCUCCAAGAGAUAUUAAAGUAUUUGGCCAACAAGUUCGUUUGAAAUUAGGUCAGAGUUCAAAACUGGAUUGGCAGAACCUCAAAAAUGUGGUAAGUCCCUCCAUAUGUGCUUUUUAUUUCAAGUACCUUGCACACAUGCUUAAAAAAUGAGUUCGUUAUUUUUUGGAACCAAUAAGAUGAAGAAAAUAGUUUGGUUCUGUUUAUCGUUGUAGCUUAGUUAUGAUGUUUCUCCUAUUUCCGCCUUUUGGUUACUACGCGCAUGCGCAGGAAGGAGAUUCCCAGCAGCUUCACGUACGAUGGCAGAGCUCCACAGACUUCGAGCUUCGCCCGCCGACAGAAUCCCGUCGGGGGAGGAAGCCGCCGCCAAAGUCAAGACGGGAACGACAGCCGACACUUCCACGGUUCUAGUGAAGCUUUUGGCCGCGGCUUUUUACGGGGUCAGCUCGUUUCUCAUCGUUGUCGUCAACAAAAGUGUUCUCACUAAUUACAGAUUUCCAUCAUCAACAUGUGUUGGAAUUGGCCAGAUGCUGGCCACCAUAGUGGUCCUGAGGACGGGGAAGAUGCUGGGCAUCAUCUCAUUUCCAGACAUGGAUCUAAGUAUACCUCGAAAGAUGUUCCCUCUGCCUUUGUUGUAUGUCGGGAAUCAAAUAUCAGGACUCUUUGGAACACAGCGACUCAACUUACCCAUGUUUACAGUCCUGAGGAGGUUCAGUAUUUUUCUUACCAUGGUGUUUGAAGGAAUCCUUCUGAAAAAGACUUUCUCUACAACUGUGAAGAUGACUGUGUUCACCAUGAUCUUUGGGGCUUUUAUUGCUGCCAGUGCUGAUUUAGCCUUUGAUCUUGAAGGAUACACUUUCAUUAUGCUGAACAAUGUCCUCACAGCAGCCAACGGGGCUUAUGUGAAGCAGAAACUCGAUUCCAAGGAGCUGGGAAAGUACGGCCUUCUGUACUACAACGCUUUGAUCAUGGUCUUCCCAACUUCGGCCUACGCCUACUUUUCAGGAGAUUUGCAGAUGGGUCUGGACUACAGCGGCUGGUCGGAUCCACUUUUCGUGGUGCAGUUUGUUCUCUCCUGUGUCAUGGGCUUCGUUUUAAUGUACUCCAUCCUGCUGUGCACGCAGUGCAACUCAGCCCUCACCACCUCCAUCAUAGGCUGCAUCAAGAAUAUCUUGGUCACCUACAUCGGGAUGGUGUUUGGGGGCGACUAUAUAUUCACCUGGACAAACUUCAUAGGUUUGAACAUCAGCAUCGCUGGAAGUUUGGUGUACUCCUACAUCACCUUCACACAGGAGCAAAGAAAAAAGGAGUAAAUCAGAGGCUGCCGAAGACGAUGUUUUUACAAGUUUACUCACACACCUCCACUGCAGAUCAGCAGUUUUUACCACUUAUUUUACGCUGCAAACAUUAUUUUUAUCUUUUAAUUAAAGAAAUGUUUCAUAACUCAA